AUGCCUAGUCCUACUUGGGCACCCUCCUCUUCAAGCAGCACUUUUUCGGUCUCCUCUAGCGAUAGCGUUGUCGCUUCUAGCCAGACAGCUAGUGCUUCUUCAGUCACCUCUAGCCAGGGUAGUGUGUCUUCCUCGAUUGUCUCUAGCCAGAGUGUUGUCAUUUCGUCAGCUGCCUCGAGCCAGGGUACUGUUUCUUCUUCGAUGAGCCAGAGUGUCGUUUCUUCUUCAACAUUGUCCAGCACGAGUGUCAUUGUUUCAUCCAGCAGCACUCAAGGGUUCCCGUCCAGCGUCAACCCUUCUGCAUCGUAUUCGCCAGCCAGUAGCACCAUCAGCUCCUCAGUCGUACCGACCAGUACCUCGGCUGUUUCAUCGCAAAGCAGUUCUGCCAUCCAAAGUUCAUCCGUAUCAGCCACUGGCAUUUUAUCAAGCAGUACUCAAGGCUUCCCUUCCAGCAUCAGCUCUUCGGCAGCCUCUUCACUGUCCAGUAGCUCGAUCAGCUCUUCAGUAGUGUCUAGUAGUGUCUCGAUUACUCCAUCACCGGGCAUCUCUACCAGCCACAGUUCAUCGGUCAACUCUGUAUCUACAAGCGCCAGUAGCACAUCGGCAAGUGCAGUGCCUUCGACUUCGAGCCAAGCAAGCACCAGCUCAUACAACUCGGUCUCAGCCGCCAAGUCUAUCAUUGAAGCUUCGAGCUACCAGCCUUUCUGUUCGACCUAUCUUGGAUACAGUUCUUCUACCCAGACCGUCACGGCAACAAGCACUUAUCAGGUCGUGGCUACUACAACGACGACAACUACAUCGCUCGUUGCUCAGACCAAGCAGUAUAGAAAGCGUGAUGUCGAGCAGCCGCGCGCCACUUGUGACUGUGAGAACCAUACUCAUGAACUCAGGGCUACAGGCUCCGCUAGCAUUGUUUCCUCGGCCGUCCUUCGUCGCAGAAGUGGAUCUUACGCUGAGAUGCCGACAACGCAACUGCAGCGUCGUGCCACCACAGCCAGCUCGAACACUACGCCAACGCCUCUCAGAACCUUCUCAUCAACUGAUCUCAGUUCGGCGUGUAGCUCCGAGGUCACUUCACCAGCAGUCUCGACAACUACUCAGACGAGCACUGUCACAGCCUCAACCACUACAACGCUCACCCAGACGACAACAUCUACCACCGUGAUCUCAGUGGCAUCGAGUGCCCCAACUGGCGUGGUCGGUUACAUGUCUUUCAGGUCCCCUGUCAACGCGGGCGGUCAAUACGCUCUGUCGGAUCCCGCUACACACAUGACGGACAAUUACUAUGCUAACAGCACCCGCGAGACCUUCAUCAUUACCAACACCAGCCAACUUUAUUCCGUCACACACAAUGCCUAUUACUACUACCAGACACCCACUGGAGCCGACAAGCUCUACUGGAGCACAACCAACACUACAGGCAGUACCAACUGGGUGCCUGGCAGCACCACCUCAGAUGGAUACACGCAGCUUCUCAUGGUAGAUACGCGCUACACCGCUAAGACGUACUACAAGUUCUGCUUGAUGAAACUUGGAACCAACGAUGCGAAUUCUGCCACUGGAUACCACGUCUACUACUACAACAGCACUGCAACGCUUCCCACAACCUGUGGUGCUACCCAACUCUGGUUCGCGCCUUCCUAG